ACCAACUUUUUCCAGUAUGCCCUGAAGCAGGCAACAAAGGGCAGGAUUAUUUGACUUGCUCUCUUUACAGACCUUUGCCCUCCCAGCUGCUAACUAUUGUUGGUGCAUUGGUGAGGCUCAGGUGGUGAACUAAUUUCUGUGGCACAAUGCUCAAGUGUGCAUAGAGGAUUCACGUGGAGUAGUAAGUGAAAUGAGACAGAGGCGUAAUGAGGAACUGGCAUCAAGAACGACAGAUCAUUUCUGGGAAUGGUGAUGGAGUACUUCAUGAUAGGCAGCUGCCUCCGUCACGUAACAGUACCCGGAUCUCAGAGUAGGGGAAAGAAAUGCAAAGGAUCCUUGUCUUCCCAGAAACUUACUGUACCUUAUUGCCGCUGGGGCUCAACUCAGACACGUCUAAGCGCUGCCUCUGUUGUGGAAAAUAAUGCCAACCCUUAUAAUAACAAAAAUUUUGGAAUGGCAAGACCAAGCAUUUUUCGGCAAGAUUCUUGGUUAGAAGAAAGGUUCUAUAAGUUACCUGAAACACCAUGUUAUGGAAUAUCCAACCCUAUGUUUUCUCAGAAGGCUAUCAAAACUUACAAGGCUUAUGUCUACCUGUCUCCAUGUUACCCUGUGGAACAAGAAGAGAAAAUAAGUGUUGCUGAAUUACUGUCUGGGAUUGACUCGCUGUGUAGAGCUCGGAAGAUUGAGGAAAAAAAGGAGAAACUUUCCUAUCUCAGCAGACCCCUGGAUUUACCUAGUUCUUCUCGUGGGCCAAGUGAUACUCCUGGGUUUCAGAUUACGCACAAAGGUAAAGCAUACUGGGACUGGAGAGGUGUGGUUGCACCGAUUCCUGUGAAGGAAGAUGAUCAGAUGAGCCAAAAACAUGUGAGACUGAAGAAGAUAGACUUCCGAACCAACAAAAAGAAAUGUGCUGCAUCGGGUGGUAAAAUAGAAAAGAAAAAAUGGAGUGAUAAAUGCCUUUCCUUUCAAACACAGAAGAAGCUGAAGAAGAACGUAACUCACCCAGAAAUCUCUGAAGCUGUUUGUGAUAGUAAAAAGCAUCCUAGGAAUAGAGAAGAACUUAAAGCAGUCAUUUGCAUUCAAAGAUAUGUGAGAGGGUGGCUUGUACGUAGGGCGUACAAGAGAGUAAAGAUUAAGUCAGCAAGUCAUGGGUCAUCCUUACUAGCAGCUGUAAAGUGCUACCGUAACAUGAUGGCACGCAUUAAAAGUCGAGCUGGUGUUUUGGAUCUGUCUACACCACUUCAUUAUUUUGAAUUAGAGGAGUGGAUGGACAAGAAAAAAUUUUAUGAAGCAAUGUUUUCCAAGAGGGAGUUUGGCCAAAAAAUGGACAGAAAUCAUCUACCUGAGUAUUUUAGAGACUGUGGAUAUUUUAUACCUGCCAGCGGAGUACAGCGGAUCUUUCAGCUGGUCUUUCCAGCUUCUGCUACUGCUGUAAGAAACAUCAAAAAGCAUCAGGCAGUUGAAAUGGCUUUCACAAUGUUUCCUCCUCUUGGUGCAAAAGUGAAGAAUGUAAUUACAGUGCCACUUCCAUGGCUGCAUCCUCUCAUGGAUGGAAGAGGUGGAUCCAAGAAAUCAGGGGAAUGAACUUGUUCCAAUAUGUCUGCAAAAGACAGUGUAAGGUCAAUGAGAAGAAGCCUUCACUUUCCGAUAGUCAGUUUCUAUAUAUAAAUUGGCACUUGAUGCUCAUCAAAGAACAAGAAAUAUUGGAUAUGCUCUAAAUGUCCAUUGUACUUUUGAGCCAACUACCUGAUGGAAGUCAUCACUUAUAUGUAAAUGAACUGUCAAUGACUUGCCUCCGUUGGCAACCGCUGGACUGUGAAGGGUAUGUCUUAAUAAGAACCAAAGCUCUUCGCAGACUUUGAUUUACUGGAAAUAAAAUAGAAAAGUCCUCUGAGACUGCAAAGGACACUUGUUUCAGAUAAAAUGUCUAGACAGUAGCAAUAUAUUUGGGGCUUUUAUUAUAGCAAACCUGCAAAUUAGAAUAGAGUGCUGAGAAAGUUCCUAUGACCCAGCUGAGUUCAAAAACACUGCUUCAGACUGAUCCUUGAAACACACUCAAAUUAAGUUCAUGAGGCUUCAAAAAGGGAAAGAAAGGAUGUGCAAGGUCAAUGUUCAGGUCUGCUAGAACUCCAAAACUGACCAAACUUUACAUUUUUUCUGACAAGGAGGGAUUUGCAAUGGAACUGUGAUUAGAAUCAUUUAAAGAAAACAAAGAUCAUGUAUUGUGUUUUGCAGCACUAGGUAACAUUCUGCUUCACAGUACAGCUCUGGGUGAUGGCUUCCUUUCUUUGAUUACUGAAAAUAAAAUAAAAGUAAAAAGAUUAAUUCUGUGAAUUGAUACAUUAUAGGAAAGAAACAAUCAAAAUGAAUCUGACAGCAUGUUUUGGUAAAGAUGACUGUUUUUAAGUAUGGCAAGUUAUAGAGUAUUUCUGAUAAAGAUGUGUGAAUUUCAGAAGAUCGAGUUUUUUUGAAAAUUAGUUUUAAUUUUUAUUAUUGUCAUAAUUGGCAACAUUUUACCAUGCAGAAUUUUUGGAAGAUUAUGGCUUACAAAACUGAAAAACUGAUGGGGAGAAAUGAAUGACUUCUGUCACGAUCUGUGUAACCUGGGUUGGUGUUCUUGUUCAAGAGAAUUUACAUAUACACCAAAUGCAAAUAUAGGAUGUGAGAGCUUAGAUAUUUAAAUUACGACUCUGGUCUGCUAUUGGAGUAUUCUCAAUUCAAUGCAAUGAAGCAUCAAUUUUCAACUUUGAGCAGCUCUGAAUCACCUUCAGUAUGAUUUAUUCCAGCUUUCCAGGAAUCAUCCAGUACUCCUUGAGAACACUUCAUUUUUCAGCUAUGCAGAGAUAGCAUGAAGGCACAUGUGUUACACAGUUUGUCCCCAGAUGCCAUCCUUUCUAUUUGAAUCUCUGGCUUUGUUAUGAAAUACUGAAGUUGCUAAUUUUUAGAUAAUGCAUUUGUUGCUGAGUUUUCACAUAAAUGAAACAAUAAGUCUAGGAAGCGGUAAAUGCCUGGGAACGUCUGGAAGACAUUGCAUCAGAUUUUUAUGAAGUCAACUUUGUUAGCUGUCAGUUUUUUUGUAGUUCAGGUUUAGGAUCCUUGCAGGUGUAUAACUCCUCUUUGGCCCUCUUGGGUCCCAAGGUAGGGACUUGGAUGAUGUUCUCACUCUCAUGUGCUGGUCUUUCACUGGAAGAGUAAGGUUGUAUUCAGACAGAAGACUGAAUAGCUCCUGUUGACCUGAAUGAGUUAAUCUAUUAUCCACUUCCAUCUGAAUAGAAAAUGAGAAAUACUUCAGGAGGAUUAGACUGAGUCUGCAAGCAUUCUGAAAUGUUGUCUCUGGCAGGUACAGAAGGCUCCUUCCAGUUCCACUGGCUGCUAAACCUGAAAGUUGAACAGUCUCAGCUGGGGUCCUUUUAAGUGCAGAGAAAUCUAGAUUCAAUUUUAUGCUUGUGUACCUAGGUAGUAUACUAAAUGACUGCAGUCUAUGUUUUUAGUUCGGUGAAAUUAAUAUUAGUCCUAAGGUUAAAUGGUAUACAUUGCCAGUGUAGUGACUACAUUAGCUGUAGUUGUAACAAAAAUAAAAUUGAUUUGAUAGUAACCCAAGCCCAAGAGAUGAGUCAUCAGAUAAUGUCCACAGAGAUAAAUUUUGUUUAUACUUUCAGAAGAUAAAAGUUUACCGUUUUCUGAGUUUAAAUGUAACCAUAAUAAAAGAUUAAAUUAAAUCUAAGAAAUGUAUCUGGAUAAUCAGAAUAUCUUCUGAGGAUUCUUCCUGAUUCAAUAUUUGAUACCCUGAUCCUAGCCAUGACAUACCAUAUUAUCUUUUAUCUUGUUCUGUGACUGUUAAAUACCAAUAUAAAUGCAGAAUUAAUAGACAUAAGUAUGCAGGUAUAACUUGAUACUGUUUAGAUUGUUUAUAGACUUCUCAAGAUUUUGUACCCCUUCUAUCCUGGCAUGCCAUCCUUUGAAUAUUUGACGUGUCUCUUUUGUGAGAGAAUAUAAAGCAUGAGAAAAUGACAUUCAGUAUUAGAAAACUGAGUCUAAAAUGCAUGAAGAAAUCAGAUGUUGAACAUUGUC